UAUAACGUCUGCAAAUUAAGGUUUUGCUGAAGUAAUUAUAUAUUAAUAGAUAUUACUUGAUUUUUUUGAAUUGAACUUUCCCUCUGAAGAUGAUGGCCUCAAGUUCAUUCCAAUUAAAUGGAAUUCCUAGUGUGGCGCUUCGUCGUAGGACAAAGGUCUCUAGGAAUCCAAACAUGGAGAAGCUAAGGAAUGGAUAUCUAUUCCCUGAGAUCGCUAAGAGGCAAAAUGAGCACUUAGAGAAGAACCCUGAUGCGAAGGUGAUAAGCCUGGGAGUCGGAGAUACAACCGAGCCCAUACCGAACAGUAUAGCGUCCGCUAUGGCUGAGUAUUCACUUGCAUUGUCAACUGUUGAAGGAUACCGUGGGUACGGCGCUGAGCAAGGCAACAAGGAGCUGCGCAAGGCAGCACUGUAUCUUAAAUCACGCAUUUUCACUGCAUUUUAUUUAUUUAUUUAUUUUUUUUUGCAGUUGAUGUUCGGGUCUAGCAUGACAGUUGCAGUCCAGGAUCCAACGUUUCCCGCUUAUGUAGAUUCGAGCAUAAUAACGGGCCAAACAGGAUAUUACAUUGAUAACACCGUCAACAAAUAUGGAGGAAUUGAGUACAUGAAGUGUUCGCCUGAGAACCUCUUUUUCCCAAAGGAUCUAUCGACUGUUGCGGCAACCGAUGUAAUCUUCUUCUGCUCGCCGAACAAUCCUACCGGCCAUGCUGCCUCUAGGGAGCAGCUGGAGAAACUAGUCGAACACGCUAAGCGAAAUGGAUCCAUUAUCGUCUAUGACUCCUCUUACGCUACUUUCAUAUCGGACGAUAGUCCACGGUCCAUCUAUGAGAUUCCUGGAUCCAAAGAGGUAGCAAUUGAGAUAUCAUCCUUCUCAAAAUCCGCGGGGUUCACCGGAGUUCGUCUAGGGUGGACGGUUGUACCUGAGGAACUCUCAUACUCCAACGGUUUCUCAGUGUUAGAAGACUUCGAUCGUAUAAUGUGCACGUGCUUCAAUGGUGCGUCUAGCAUUGCCCAAGCCGGAGGCCUAUCUUGCCUAUCAAAAGAAGGCCAAAAGGCUAUACAACAAGUGAUUGAUGUGUACAAAGAGAACGCGAGGGUUUUGAUGGACACUUUGAGUUCGAUUGGGCUGAGGACGUACGGUGGAAUAAAUGCGCCUUAUAUUUGGGUGCAUUUUCCGGGAGAAAAAUCAUGGGACGUGUUUAACGAAAUUCUUGAAAAGACGGAUAUUAUAGUGGUUCCGGGUUGUGGGUUUGGGCCGGGCGGUGAAGGAUUCAUCCGAGUUAGCGCGUUCAACCGCAAGGAGCGCGUUAGAGAAGCGUGCCGAAGACUGAAGAACCUAUUUACGUGAAGCUUGCUAUCUUUUUCUUAUCAAUACCCCCCAAUUGUUUAUCAAAUCAAAAUAGCUCCGAAAUUGUAAUAAGUGAUAUGCUUUUUAUUGUAGUGUUUAUCUGGUACGUGUAUUUGUAUCUGCUAGGAUAUAAAUAUGGAUACUGAUUAUAUAUGUGAGAGA